UGAGAGUGCUGCAGUCAGUAAGGUGCCUGUUUGCAAGUAGGGGUGUCCUGUGACAAGUGCAUGUGUACAGAUACUACUUUUAUUUCAAAAGACUUGCCGUUCUUCACUUGCAAACAUGGAAAGAGCUAAGCUCAGUUUUUCAUGGGUGAUAGCCUGCUCACUUCUAGUCGUCCUAUGUUUUGUCGUUCACAAAGGCUCAUCGAUACGCUGCUAUCAAUGCAAUUCAGAAUACGACCCUAGGUGCGGAGAUCCGUUUGAUUCGUAUUCGCUGGGAACAGUGAACUGCAGCAUGCAGCCGGCGCUCGAGCAUCUACCCGAGAUGCAGCCCUCAAUUUGUCGCAAAAAUAUUCAAAAAGAAACCACUCUAGACCUAGUGGGCACUGCCAAGUGA